AGUCUCAAGAAACAAACAGCUUUCGUUGUCAACCCUGCAUCCCCAGAAAAACAGCUGGUCCCAAGUCCCAAUCAGACCGACGUCGUCCCCUCCACAACCAAAGUGAAAUGAAACCCCCUCUUCCCGAGUCCCAGCUCCAAUCCAUCUCAUUGCGUUCGCCCCAUGUCCAGUACUAGUACUACGUUCUCCAAUAACCUUACCCCCCGCCGUUUCCCCAUCACAAAUCCAUGAGCAAAAAUCUCCUCCACGCGCGAGCAGGAGCGGCGGCUGCUUCUCGUCUCGACUACGUUAAUCUCCCCAAUCAAACCCUAACUCUACGCCCGCCUAGCUAGCAGCUUGCUCGAUCGACUCCAUAUACUAUCGAGAUUUGAGGAGGCCGGCCAUGGGCACCGCCGAGAGAGACGCCGCGCGCGGCGGCAAGCCUGAUGGGGGCAUCGACUCGUUCUCGCAGCUGCCGUUCAUCCGCCCGGCGGCACGCGGCCAGAAGCCGCCGCCGCCGUCGAGCUCCUCCUCUAGCCCGGUAAUUCCCAUCCGGCUGUUCGGGUUCGACGUCCCGCCAGAAGCUGCUGCUGCCGCGGCAUCCCGGCGCGAAGUAGCAGCCGUGCAAGAAGCUGAUAAAGACAGAGCCGCCGCCGCCGUUGAUGACGAAGACGCGGCCUCCCAUUCCCACUCCCAAACGGCGGGUGCAGGCGGCAGGAAGUUCGAGUGCCACUACUGCUGCCGGAACUUCCCGACGUCGCAGGCGCUGGGGGGACACCAGAACGCGCACAAGCGGGAGCGGCAGCACGCCAAGCGCGCCCAGUUCCACUCCGCCAUGGCCAUGCACCACCGCCACGGCCACGCCCACUACUACCACGCGCUCUCGGACACCGCGGCGUACCACCACCGCUUCUCGCCCGUGCCGCCGCCGCACUACCCGUCGUGGGCCGGCGCCGCCGCCAGGUCGGCCUCGUCCUACUACAGCGGGCCUGGGUCCAUCUCGCAGCCCAUCAACGGCAGCCCGGUGGCUCCUACAGGGCUUGGCUGGCGUGCUGUCCCAACCGUGGGGACGACGAUGCAGCUGGCCGCCGCCGCGCGACGUCAAGAACUGCCGCCGGCGCCGGGGAAUACUACUAGUACUAUGUCGUUGGCCGGAGGAGAUCAGGAGCCGGUGAUUGUGGUGGGACGGCCUGUCGGAUCGACGUCGUUCUCGGCGCCGUCGACCUCCUCCUCCUCGUCGUCGUCAGCUUCGCCGCACGAGCGGCGCCGCGUGCUCCAGCCGGAGCGUAAAGAGAAUGUGAGUCUGGAUCUGAGCUUGUAGGGUGUUGGGACUUGGGAAAUGAUGCUCUCGCUGUGUCAGCCUGCCUCAGCAUGAUUGUUUCUUACAAAACAAAAAGGCAUUUUUUUUUUCUGUUCCCUGUCUCAUGUUUGGAUUUGCUACGGUCAGAGGCUAAUACCAAAUUACCAAUCAUGCUCCCGGCGCGUCUAUGCGCACUAGCUUGUGAAUUGUUGCAGAUGGCUUACUGGAAGAUCUGGCCUUUUAGCACGCUUUUGGCUAUUUAAUUCUAGAUUACUUCUGUGUUCUCAUUUCUGAAAGCCCUGAAUCCUUAGUUACUUUCCUUUCAUCCUAAAUGGAAUACGACAUGACGUUUAAGUGGCUACCUUUUUCUGUCUAGCUAGUAAAUUCCAGUAGUACUUUUAGUAGGACGACGUCCUUGUCUGAAAGGAAAUGUUAUGUGUCUUGGUCCCA